UUGAGUUGGGCAGCAAAACGUAAACAAUUCGUUUGGAAUCGACUUAGAAUAGAGUAGUUUUGCACUAAAGUUGUUUUACUUAAAAACCCUUUGGAAUUUACUAGAAAGAAGAAAAUGGCGGAUUAUUGGAAGUCGAACGAUCGCAAAUAUUGCGAUUUCUGUCAAUGUUGGAUAGCAGACAACAAACCGAGCAUCCAAUUCCACGAAAGUGGCCGUCGCCAUCAGCAGAAUGUCCAAAAACGGCUUACCGAUAUCACUCGAAACAGUUACAAGCAGCAGAAGGAACAAGGCAAAAUAGAUGCCGAGCUGAAAAAAAUGAACGAUGCUGCUAUGAAAGCCUACAUGCAGGACGUAACGGCGGGCGCGGAUAUUAGCUCCCGUGCCCUAGCGGAACAGCAACGGACAGAAGCUGCUGCAGCUGCCGCCGCAAUCGCCGAAUCAGAAGCGGCUGGACCCAGCGUUGGUCCGCGGGUACCUAAGAAAAAAAUUGGCAGAGAAGCUGAUCCUUUUUACAUUCCGGGUGAUUUUUCCGACGAGGAAGGAUCGGGCCCGAGUAAAGUGACGGCCGCUGCAAUAGCUGAAGCAGCCAAGAAAAAGCGUCUGGAGGAAAUUAGUAAAAUGGGACAUGGUUCGCUCUGGGUGGAAGCGGUUUCCGAGGAGGGGUACACAUAUUACUGGAAUGUUAAAACAAACGCGUCUGCUUGGGAGCCACCCAAGGAAGGGUUCAUGAAAAAGGAAGAGUAUGCCAAGAUUACCCAAAUGGCAUUGCAAAAACAGGAAGAAGCGCUGAAACAAGAGGUUAAAUUUGAAGUGGACAACGCUCAUGAGAUUGCUGCAAAGCUUAAGCGGGAGCAGAUUGGUAAACUGUACGGUCAUAACCGGCUUGUGAAGGAGGAGAUUGAAGCUUUAACCGAUCCAAAAAGGCAACGUUUAGAAGAGGAAGCAGUUUUGGAUGCCGCUGCCGGGCCCUAUGGGAGAUGGCAAACGGUAGAACACAGGGAAGAGAAAGUUGUGGACUUGGAGCUACCAGCCGUACCUGAGCCUUUGUAUGUUCCCAGCGUGACACCGGUGGUGCCUGAGCGGAGGUUCAAGGAAAAAGUCAUUGAUUACAUUCCGGCCAAUGAGAAAAGUUCGUUGGAUGAUGGUUUUUUCAAGAAGCGAAAAGUUGCCCGCAACGCCCGACAGCGUUUAGAUACGGACUGAGAACAAAUAUAUUAAGACUUAUUCGUCGGAUAUACGAUAUGAAACAGUUUUGUGUAUAUCA